CAGUCCUCCGCCUCGCCGCACAAAGUAUUGAUCUGAUCUGAUCCCGGAACAGUUGGCGGAGGCGGAAGUGUUUUUUCCGACGCUGAUCCAGCUUGGGUGUGUGUGUGUGUGUACUGUGUACAGCUGUUUUCUUUCACAUCGACAGCACACGUGUGUGUGUUUGUGUGAGAGAUACACACCGCGCGAUCUAGGUGGUCAGCAUGGCGUCCGCUCCUGCCCAGCAGCCCAUCCUAACUGUGGAACAGGCUAGAGUGGUGCUGAGUGAGGUGAUCCAGGCCUUCUCUCUUCCUGAGAACGCUGCCCGGAUGGAGGAGGCCCGGGAGAGUGCCUGCAACGACAUGGGCAAGAUGCUGCAGCUGGUGCUUCCUGUGGCUACGCAGAUCCAGCAGGAGGUGAUCAAGGCCUAUGGAUUCAACAAUGAGGGCGAGGGUGUCCUUAAAUUUGCCCGACUGGUCAAGAUGUAUGAAACCCAAGACCCGGAGAUCGCUGCAAUGUCCGUCAAACUAAAGUCCCUCCUGUUGCCUCCGUUGUCAGUCCCACCCAUUGGAGGUGGAGUCACAGCAUCAUAGACCCACAGUUAAAUUCCUUCUAGUUAGUGACCUCAAAGAUGUGGCUUUAUGAGCCAUUUGCUGUAUUUUUCAACUCCACCAGAAGGUGCUGUCAUUAAAAAAAUAGGGCUCAGAGAUUUCCCAAAGCAAGCCAAGAGCACCAUCUAGAGGCGUCAUAAAGUACUGCAAAUGGUUCAUGAGGCUUCCUUCCGCCCAUCACUAAUAGUAGUAUUGCAUGUAUUUUGUAACUUUUGUGUUUGAAAAUUUUCAUUCCAGAGUCUGUUUUCCCUUCAGGUUUUUAUUUUAACUUAAUUUGAUUUUAAAUGCUUUGACGUUUAUUUAUUAGGAGCUGAAACAGUAUUUCAAGCGCGAAAUGAUGCUGAAAUGCUUUAACACACCAUUGAUAUUUCUUGAUCCUGGUUCUUUGGGGGGGGGGGGUGUUAAAACACUACACAGCAUGAACUGUCCCUGCACCUACAGGGAGGGCGGAUCAGGCUGCACAUUCCCUUACUUUGAUUGGGACCCAGCACUGUUCGGAAGCCAUUGCUUGUUACACAUCCCUUAGCUGCUGAGUUCAUGCCAAGACUCAAAACCUUACACAAUGGCGUCUGAUUCCAAAGGCGAUUAAGUUAGCCAUGUGCAUUUUUGUUUUUAAACGUGAUUUUAAAAUACAUUUUGCAGUUUUGUAUUGGACCCACCAUUUCAACAUUUUGUUAAUGAAUAAAUAUCAAAUAAACGGAAAAAUACAUU